CCAUAUUUUCCAGAGUCAAUUAUGCUAGCCAGCAGGCUAAUCAUCAGUUGCCCUCCAGGUCCAGGGGGCUACAAAUAGAUUACAAAAACCAACUCUAGCUCUUCACCACGUAGCCACCCCUGAAGAAGCAGGCUUACCCAGCAGCCACCUUGCCAAACCCAACAUGGAAGAUUCUGUCCCCGCCGCCGGAGAACACCAGCUGUCCUUUUCAGGCAAGAAGCCCGGCGGCUGGAUCACAUUUCCCUUCAUCACAGCGACAAUGGCGUGCCUGACGUUGGCAGCCGGAGGCUGGAUAAACAACCUCCUCGUCUAUAUGAACGCGGAGUUCAACGUUCCGAGCAUCGAUUCAGCCCAAAUCUGGAACGUCGUUAAUGGCUGCACCACCAUGUUUCCCGUCGUCGGAGCUAUCAUCGCCGACUCCUACCUUGGCUGCUUCUCCGUCAUCUGGAUAUCUUCCCUCAUCUCUUUGCUCGGGAUAGUCCUCUUGAUGUUAACUGCAACAGUCGACUCACUGAGGCCUCCGCCAUGCGAAAGCUCAACAAGCUCAUGCGCCGCGCCGUCGAAAGCUCAAUAUGCAGUUCUGUACACAGCUCUGGCUCUGGCGAUCGUCGGGGUGAGCGGCACCCGCUAUACGAUCGGGACGAUGGGGGCCGACCAGUUCGACCAGCCGAAGCACCACGGAACCUUCUGGAACUGGUUCAUCUUCACCUUGUACACUUCGUCUGCAAUAAGCAGCACCCUCAUCGUCUACGUUGAAGAUAACGUGAGCUGGGGACUAGGAUUUGGCCUCUGUGCUGUUGCCAACGUUGUUGGUUUAGCGGUUUUUGUGCUUGGAAGACGAUUCUAUCGCCAUGUGAAGCCCCAGGGGAGUCCGUUCUUGGGCUUAGCUCGCGUCGUCGUUGCUGCUGUGAGGAAACGGAAGGUGGCGCCGGCGGUGGUUAUUAGUGAAGAAUCUGAAGAUUAUUAUUAUUACCAGAAGCCGGAAAGUGGGGCGACGAAGGCGGUGGCUGCCACUGAUCCUACCAAAGCUUUCCGGUUCCUGAACCGAGCAGCUGUGAAAACCGAAGGAGACACCAAUCCAGACGGUUCAGUAGCAAAGCCAUGGAAGCUCUGCACAGUCCAGCAAGUAGAAGAUCUCAAAACCCUCAUCAGAAUCUUCCCCCUUUGGUCUUCUGGAAUCUUCCUUAGCCUUCCACUCGCCGCCCAGAUCAGCCUCGCCACUCUCCAGGCCCUCUCCAUGGACCGCCGCGUCGUCGGCCAUUUCAAACUCCCCGCCGGCUCCAUGGUCGUCUUCACCCGCCUCUCCACUUCCAUCUCCAUCGCCAUCAUCGACCGCUUCUUAUCCCCCUUCUGGAAUAAGCUAACUCGCAGGCCAUUAACCCCUCUCCAGAGAGUUGGAACCGGACACGUGAUCACUUUUCUAAGCAUGGUAGUUUCCGCCGUCGUGGAAGCAAAACGGCUGAAGGAAGUCCGAUCCCACGACCUUCAAGGCCAAACCGGCGCCAUCGUGCCUUUGUCGGUGCUGUGGCUGGUGCCGCAGCUGGCUCUCGCCGGCAUCUCGGAAGGAUUCCACUUUCCCGGAAACGUGGCGUUCUAUUACCAGGAAUUUCCCGCGUCGCUCAAGAGCACGUCGACGGCGAUGGUGACGUUGUUCGUGGGAAUCUCGUUUUAUCUGAGCUCCGCCGUGGUGGGGAUUGUUCGGAAGACGACGGGGUGGCUGCCGGACAACGUGAACGACGGGAGGAUGGAUAAUGUAUACUGGGUUUUCAGCUUGGUUUGCGGCUUGAACUUUGGGUACUAUGUGGUUUGCGCUUGGCUGUACAAAUAUCAAGUCGUUGGCGAUGAAGAUCAUCUUGGCAAAGAAGAUGACAGGCUUUAGCUAGUCUGAGAUAGGAAUGAUAAUAAUUAAUUAAAGGGGCCUCCUCAAGCUUAAGUUUAAAGUUUAGGGAGGUGCGAUAUAUAAAUAAGCAUGCAAUUAAACUUCUCUUCAAAUUACUUUACCCACCACCUGCCCAUUCAGAUCAUGGUUUUUAAUUUUAACAAUUAAUAAAUUAAACAUACUUUGCUAAUACAUAUUAG